CAGUCUCCUGACCAGGGCCCAUAGGGGAACAGGGUCCCAUAUAGGAUGCAGUCUCCUGACCAGGGCUCAUAGGGGAACAGGGUCCCAUAUAGGAUGCAGUCCACGAUUCCAGAAUGUAUGUCCAUAUUGUUAUGUUUUGUCCACGUUACAAUUUGUGUUACCUGUGUCCAGAUGCUAUGAUACGACCCAUGACCCGCUGUGAGGAUGCUAGAGAUGCCGCUAUAAAUGGCACAAUUGGAGCCUACAUCACCACGUGUGACGAUGCUGGACGAUACACCCCUGAGCAAUGUUGGGGCUCUGCAGGUUAUUGUUGGUGUGUGACCAGUACUGGAAAGAAGAUCCAGGGUACUGAGACUUCACUAGGAACUGCUCUCAACUGUUCCAGCCAGUAUGCUAUGAUACGACCCAUGACCCCCUGUGAGAUUGCUAGAGAUGCCUCGAUAAAUGGCCCAAUUGGAGGCUACAUCUCCAAGUGUGACAAAGAUGGACAAUACACCCCUGAACAAUGUUGGGGCUCUACAGGUUACUGUUGGUGUGUGAACAGUACUGGACAGGAGAUCCCGGAUACUGAGACUCCACCAGGAACGCCUAGUAUCAACUGUGCCACCCAGUGUAAGUGA